UUCUACCCAGGGGCCUUGUUUCGCGCUUGCAACUCCAUGGCCUAGGGGCUGAGAUCGCCGUUCAAAUGAGUGCCUGGCUGAUAAACAGUCUGGCGGCGCCACCACACCCUGUCUUUGAAUGAGGGAACCUGGGGAGCAGAUGGAUGAUGCGAUUUAGUGGAAAGAAGCCGUUAAUGCUGGCUGGCCCUGCGCCACUGUUUGGUUGCGAUAGUAUUUCCUGUGAAUGAACGUGACCCGGAGCUUCCAGCUUGUCCACGAGAGCACAGCUGCUGCAGGGAGCGCCGGUCGGAAAAGAGUUUACGCUUCUAAAAUGGCAUCUAUCAAGCACCUAGUUUAUGCAGUUAUUCGUUUCUUACGGGAACAAAGUCAGAUGGAUGCUUAUACUUCAGAUGAACAGGAAAGUUUGGAAGUUGCAAUUCAGUGCCUGGAGACGGUUUUUAAGAUCAGCCCAGAAGACACACACCUAGCAGUGUCACAGCCUUUGACAGAAAUGUUCUCCAAUUCCUUCUGUAAGAAUGAUGUUCUACCCCUCUCAAAUUCAGUGCCUGAAGAUGUGGGAAAAGCUGACCAAUUGAAAGAUGAAGGCAAUAACCACAUGAAAGAAGAAAAUUAUGCUGCUGCAGUGGAUUGUUACACACAGGCAAUAGAAAUGGAUCCCAAUAAUGCUGUUUACUAUUGCAACAGGGCUGCUGCUCAGAGCAAAUUGGGUCACUACACAGAUGCAAUCAAGGAUUGUGAAAAAGCAAUAGCAAUUGAUUCAAAGUACAGCAAAGCCUAUGGAAGAAUGGGGCUGGCCCUUACUGCCAUGAAUAAAUUUGAAGAAGCAGUUACAAGUUAUCAAAAGGCAUUAGAUCUUGACCCUGAAAAUGAUUCCUAUAAAUCAAAUCUGAAAAUAGCAGAACAGAAGUUAAGAGAGGUAUCCAGUCCUACAGGAACUGGAUUGAGCUUUGACAUGGCUAGCUUGAUAAAUAAUCCAGCCUUCAUUAGUAUGGCAGCAAGUUUAAUGCAGAACCCUCAAGUUCAACAGCUAAUGUCCGGAAUGAUGACAAAUGCCAUCGGGGGUCCUGCUGCUGGAGUUGGGGGCUUAACUGACUUGUCGAGCCUCAUCCAAGCGGGACAGCAGUUUGCUCAGCAGAUACAACAACAAAAUCCUGAGCUUAUAGAGCAACUGAGAAAUCACAUCCGGAGCAGAUCAUUCAGCAGCAGCACUGAAGAGCAUUCCUGAUUUGAUCAGGAAUCCUAGCCCCAAAUGCAAAUUGUUUAUGGCUCUAAAGUCUUUGCUGUAGAUAGUGCUUCCCACAACAAAAAUCAAAACACCAUGUCUGAUGUUUGAAAAUACUGGAGGAAAACUUCUUGUGUAUAUUCUUAAAGAAUAAAUCUGUUUAGACAAUAGGUUUAUCACAGACUCGAACAUGACACCUUUUGAAACGAAUAAGUACCCUUGUUAAGUGCCAAUAUAUAGCACUGUGGCAAGGCUCCAUUCGCGAACUUUUAUCAUGUUUGUAUAUUAGACUUAAUAGCAGAGUAUAUUUAUUCAACAGUAGGGCUGUUUAUUGGUGAGUUCUUUAGCUCCAAAUUCCCUGAAGCGAAGUUCUUUUGAGAGGGGAGAUGACCAAAAGAAAUGGUUUCCCAUACUGGUUUAGAAGAAAUAUACUUGCCUCUGAGCAGCAUGUCAGCAAGUUUUGCUUUGAUAAGUGCUACCAGAAGUGAAUAUAUAACAUGGGAACAGAUACCUUUAAUGCUGUUUGUUCUGGUGAGUGACAGGGAAUCUUAAGAGCUGGCAGAAAGUAGCACUUGGUGCAAGGGAUGUUUUGUAAAAAAAAAAUAGAUAAUGUGAAUGUACAGAAGGAAAAGGUAGAUGCUCAGGUUUUCUGCAUAGUGCUUAACUAAUCUUGUCUGCAGUUUGGUAUUGAUAACAUUAGCAUGCUUAGUACAUAAUAAAAUACAUUUAGAAAUCCUUAAUGUACUGGUUAAGUCAGCAAUAUAACUGUUUGACCUAAUUGUCACAAUUUCCACAGUGGUAAUCUUACCUUGGAAACUAUCAAAUAUAUCCAUAUAUAAAUAAGUCCAUGGCUUAGUCUUAAAUUAAGGAUUUUCUAAGUGGCUUUUAAUUAUGUGCCCAUAAACAGAUUUUUCUUUUUUAACUUAGUAAUUACUUGAUGGAUAACAAAAUGCAUCUUUGACUUACAUUGCUUGUUCAUGUACUCCUCUGUGAUAAUUUGGCUUGGCAUGCCAGUCCUAUGCUUAACAUAAUUUAAAUUUGAUACGAUUUAAACAUAACAGAAGAUUAAAAUUUUUUAUUAUAAAUUAGAUGCUAUGUUAGUUAGUCCAGAGAAGUGGCAUUAGGUAUUAAUGGCGUGGGACUACAGUGACAAAUGAGACAGUUCUAAUUCCAACUGGAAUGUCUUGCUAUUAACCAUGGAAUUGGUGAAGUGGGGUUGACAAGUAACGAUUUCAUAAGUUUUAUGAGAGAAAACUAAAAAAGAAAGUAAUACAAAAUCAAAGCUGUAAUAAUAGGAAUGAUCAGACCUUACUGUUGUCUUCAAAAUACCAAUUAUUUGACAUCUUGGAGUUUAAAAACCAAGUUUUUCUCUUAAUGACAAUAAUAAAACAGUACUUCUGUAAUUUCAUUGUAAGAAUCACCCAGAGAACUCAUUAAAAAUGCAGAUUCAGAGCCA